AUGUUCGUUACUACAAAACUGAGGAGAGUGAACAGGGAACUGGCGAAGAGAUUGUUCGAGGCUCGCGCUGUGACGUUGAUUCUGAAGAAAGAUUUCUCGCAGAGAGAUGUUGACGUGAAUGAAUUCUUUAAGUUCUACAAUGAGAACAGUUAUCAGGAGGACCGGUACAAACCACUCACGGAACAGGACUAUGAUCGGUACUUGAGUACGAGGGCGGCGCGUAGGGAGCCUGCGCUGACGAGACAAAUCACAUCCCUCGCCUACAAGGUAGGCAAAGAGAUGAUCUCCCUCGCGGAAGGCAUGCCCAACGAGCAAGUAUUCCCGUUCACACGACUCUCCAUGGAUACUAAGUUCUCAAGUUUGGUGUUAGAGGGUAAAGACCUCGCUGCAGCGCUGCAGUAUGUGCCUUCACAGGGACUCCCAGCCUUGCUAUCAGAGCUGCGGAAGUUCCAGUCUGAAACGCAUCGUGCCCCUGAAGUACCGCGCGACGUGCUGGUCACCAAUGGAGGACAGCAUGGUAUCUACCAGUGCGUGGAGCUGUUGGUGGAACCCGGAGACCCUGUCAUCACAUGCGAGUACGCCUACACUGGGAUACAUAGCACUCUAAAACCCUACCAGCCAGAAAUCAUAGGCAUUCCAGAAGAUGAAGAUGGGAUGAUACCAGAGACUUUAGACGCAGUUCUAGGGGAGCGGUUACGACGAGGGUUGAAGAUGCCUAAGAUGAUGUAUAUUAUUCCGACUGGUAGUAACCCUACUGGUACAGUGCUGCCAGAAGAGAGGCGACGACAGAUCUAUGAACUAGCGUGCAGAUACGACUUCCUCAUUGUAGAAGAUGAUCCUUACAUGUUCUUGAAUUAUACUGAUCGACCAAUCCCAUCAUUCCUCUCAAUGGACACAUGUGGUCGCGUACUGCGACUGGACUCCGUGUCGAAGGUAGUGAGCGCUGGGCUGCGCGGCGCCUGGAUUACCGCGCCAAAGCCACUACUGCAGCGCUUGGAACUACAUACGCAAGCUGAACUCUUACACUCCUGCACAUUAGCGCAGGCUAUCCUACUACAACUCGUUCAGUGCCGUAAGUCGCUCGCCUCUCACCUGACGAACGCUCGCGACUUCUACCGCGAGCGCCGCGACGCUCUGCACGCCGCACUGAAGCCCGUCGAACAUCUUGCCCCGUACUCCAUGCCUGAUGCAGGACUGUUCUUCUGGCUACGAGUCAAUGGAGUUGACGAUGUUUAUAACAUGGUAUUCCACACUGCAUUCCAACGUGGUCUAAUGUUGGUACCGGGACAAGCGUUCUUAUACGACAGUAACGCCCCCUGUCCGUAUCUGCGGCUAACGUUUAGUAAAAUCCGCCACGAGGACAUGGACAAAGCAGUAAGCAAUCUCGUAGAAAUAAUCCGGGAAGAGCAACAACGCACCCUACAGAAACCAAAAAGGAUUGCCACUGAAGGAUAG